AUGGCCUUCAUCCGACCUUUCAAACCAGAAGACACAAACGCCGCGAAACACAUCUGUCGUGCAACUCUCCCCCCUUCGCUAGCAUCUUCCUCAGGAGCAGCUGCCCUCUCUCCCUACCUCUGGACCCUCCCCUUCACACACCUUCGCCCACAGCACUGCCACAUCCUCGACGAUGGAGCCGGUAACGCUGUUGGGUACGUACUCGGAGCUCCGGACAUUUUCGCUUUGGCUAAGGAAUGGCCGCGUUAUAUGGAAAACGUGGUUAAGCCUGGCGUUGAGGACGGGGAGGUACCUCGGCUCGGAGAGGAGGAUCUGCAGAGCAGAGAGGCAUGGUGGAAGGAUGAGGAGGAGAAAGCCGUGAAUGAGCGGUGUCUGGGGCAGCUCGCUUACAAACCGGACUGGCUCCUUCUCGGCAAUGAGGAGGAAAAUUCUCGAGAGUUAGAGCACCGACCUGAUUCAAAGGAGAAAAGGACGCCCACAAAGAGGGAAAUGGUCCAUCAAUACCACGCGAUAAUGCACAUCGACCUGCUUGAACCCUUCCAGCGGCAGGGUUGGGGCAGGAAGAUGAUACAGAGGUUUAUAGAGGGAAUCAAGGCGUCAGGGGAAGAUUUUGGGAAGGGGGUGAUGAUCGGGAUUGCGCCGGAAAAUGAGAAGGUAGUAAAGUUCUAUGAAAAGUGUGGGUUUCGCGUUGUGGAGGGGGGAGUUGGGGAGAUUUGGAUGGUUAGAGAGUUGUGA